AAACAUACUGCUUUUGCUACCUUUCCCAGUGAAAACGCAGCCACGAAGGCUUUGUCAAGACUACAUCAGCUGAAACUUUUAGGUCACACCUUAGUUGUUGAAUUUGCAAAGGAGCAAGAUAGUGUGCAGGUACUUAGCCAGCCCUCUGUCUCAGAGAAGUGUAAAAGUUCAGAAGAACCAGUGGAAGAAGAAGAGAAGAAAGAACCAAGCUGUGUCUAUAAAAUAGAGAAUGGAAUUGCACCUACCCAUGGCCUCACCUUUCCCAUCAAUUCUUGCCUCAAAUAUUUGUAUCCACCACCUUCAAGUACAAUUCUAGCAAAUAUAGCAAAUGCCUUGGCAAGUGUGCCCAAAUUUUAUGUCCAGGUACUUCAUCUUAUGAAUAAAAUGAAUCUUCCUCCACCUUUUGGACCAAUUACUGCUCGCCCUCCCGUGUAUGAAGAGUAUUUACCAGUGCCUGUGCCACCUCCCCCAAUCCCACCUCUGCCUCCUGAAGAGCCUCCUUUGCCUGAAGAGGAAGAAGAGCAACUAUCUAAUGAAGAUGAAUCGGAAUAUGAAAGUGAUAAUGAAGAAGAAAAGGAAAGAAUGACCAAGUUGAUGGAAUUAGCAACUCUUCAGCCUAAAAGACCACUAAACACGAAGAGGCGUGGUGUUAGAAAAAAACAAAGAAUUAAAGACUUACUGAAUGUUCCUAUGUGUCCUUCCCACAGUAAUUUGCACCCUGCACUGUCACCUUCAGAUGUCUUUGAGCAGCCGCAACAUGUAGGUCAUAAAAAAAUCGAGUUCCAUAUUACUAGUGACAUCCCAGCCGUUCUUCAGAUAAACUCGGAAAAAGAAGAAAGAAAUGACCUUUAUGCAGCCACGGAAGAAAUCAAUAAUACAGGCUUUGGAAGGAUUUUCCCAGCUCCUGUCUCGAAUGAUAAAAUGGAAACGGAAGAGGAGGAGGAUGAAAUACCAUCAGAAUUUAUUUCUAGAAGGGAUCUAGAAAAAAACAGGCUUUCUAGAGAAGAAAUGGAAAAAUAUUCUGUUUUCAAAAAUUACGAGCCAGGAGAUCCAAAUUGCAGGAUAUAUGUGAAGAAUUUAGCUAAACAAGUUCAAGAAAAGGAUCUCAAGUUCAUUUUUGGAAGAUACGUUGACUUCCAGUCAGAAGUGGAACGAAAUAUGUUUGAUAUACGUUUGAUGAAAGAAGGCCGAAUGAAGGGACAGGCUUUCGUUGGACUUCCUAAUGAAAAAGCAGCUGCUAAAGCUUUAAAAGAAGCAAAUGGAUAUGUCUUAUUUGAAAAACCCAUGGUGGUUCAAUUUGCUCGUUCAGCUAGACCAAAACAGGAUGUCAGUGAAGGGAAAAGAAAAAAGUAGAACAAUGCACAAGAAACAUUCCUGCGUAAAUACUGCAGUAAUACUGUCAUGCAGAGUGUAUCCUUUCUUGUUGUAUCCUUUUUUUGUGGAAUGUUUCCUGUAGCACUCAACUACAUCUUAGGUUUUCAUAGAGAG